AUGAUGAAAAAUUGUGUCACAGACAUUACUAGCUUACUCUCGGAUAUCAUUGAGACUAGGGACUCAAUGAUCACUAUUACAGUUAAAAAACAUCUAGCUAAAAAGCUCAUACUAGUAUUCGUAAUGCUUCAUCAAUUACAAGGUGUUCCGGAUGCCAACAACAUUCCAAAACAAGGUGGAGAUCAACCAAAGAAGCCAAUUGCCAAGCCAAAGCCAAUUGUUAAAAGCGAAUAUGAGCCUAAAGGCAAAGAAAAGCUUUUCUCUGAAGAUCCAAUCAUUGAUAAUAGUGAAGAAGAAGAGCUAGAUGAAGAAUAA